GGCCCCGCCUCCCGCCCCUUUCCCCGCGAGGCCGGCGGAGAGCGGAGCGGCGGUUGGUAUGCUCAUUGCAGGCUUGGCCGGUAGGCAGAGACGGGACCUCUCCUUUCCUUUUCCCUCCGCGGCCCGAGCCGCCGCUUCCCCGAGGAAAGGGAGGAGGCAUGAAACCGCCUUUGAGGGACGGCGAAGCUUGGUGAGCGUUCCCGCAGGAAGCUUGUCCCCUCUCGGAUGCCGUAAGGCGUUCCUGCACGCAUCUUGACCCCUGUCGGACGCCGUAAGGCGUUCCCGCCUAAACCCGGGAGGGCGGGGCCUGAGGGGGCCCCGCUCGCCCCGUCGAGGCCCCGCUCGCCCCGUCGAGGCCCCGCUCGCCCCGUCGAGGCCCCGCUCGCCCCGCAGCCAUGAAGCUGCUGCGGCUGCUGUGCCGCCACAAGACGGCCCUGGGUCUGGGCGGCCUGUCCCUCUUCGCCGUGGUCCUACUGUACCUGGCCAAGUGCACCUCUGAGGGGCUGCGGCCGCUGCCAGCCGCCCGCGGGCUCCCGCACCACCAGCCCGCCGCCCUGCCGCUGCGGGGAGCCCCGCCGGCCCCCGCAGCCUCCCCUCAGGACAGCGCCUUCCUCGCCGUGCUCAUCACCAGUGGCCCCAAGUACAGCGAGCGGCGCAGCAUCAUCCGCAGCACGUGGCUGUCGGCUGCCGGGCACCCCCCUCACCACGACAUCUGGAGCCGCUUCGUCAUUGGCACUGGGGGGCUCAGUGCUGAGGAGCUGCGGAGCCUGGAGCUGGAGCAGAGCCGGCACAAAGACCUCCUUCUCCUGCCAGAGCUGCGGGAUUCCUAUGAGAACCUGACUGCUAAAGUCCUGGCCACGUACAUCUGGCUGGAUCUGCACCUGGACUUCCAGUUUGCCCUGAAAGCUGACGACGAUACCUUUGUACGCUUGGAUGUGCUUGUGGAAGAGCUGAGAGCCAAGGAGCCGCGUCGCCUCUAUUGGGGUUUCUUUUCUGGCCGCGGUCGUGUGAAAUCUGGUGGCAAAUGGAAAGAGAGCGCCUGGGUGCUCUGUGACUACUAUCUGCCGUACGCUCUUGGUGGUGGGUAUGUGAUUUCUGCAGAUCUGGUGCACUAUUUGCGCCUUAGCAGAGACUAUCUGAACAUGUGGCAGAGCGAAGAUGUCUCUCUGGGCGUGUGGCUCGCGCCCAUCGAUGUCAAGAGAGUGCACGACCCUCGCUUUGACACUGAGUAUAAAUCACGGGGCUGCAACAAUAAGUACAUAGUAACUCAUAAGCAAAGCAUUGAGGACAUGCUGGAAAAGCACCAGACCCUGGCUAAAGAAGGAAAGCUCUGUAAGGAGGAGGUUAAGCUCAGGCUUUCCUACAUGUAUGACUGGGGGGUGCCUCCUUCCCAGUGUUGCCAAAGGAAGGAUGGCAUCCCGUGAAAGUCUGAGGAAGGAAAAGGCAGAAUGCUGAUGGACUCUCUGAGCUUGGUUACUGUUGGGGGAGAGUCCUGGUAACUAGGGCUUAAAUUACUCAAAAGAUUUUGCACGAUUCAUUAUGUCACAAUCAAUGAAACCCUGAAACUCUUAAAAGCUACUGAUGUGACAUGAUGUAGAGGUGUUCAAACAAGAGAAAUAGAUGACAAAAAAGCAUGGGAAGGCUCAUAAGACAGGAUUGAAGGCAAACAAUAGGUUGCAAAAUACAGAGAGUACAGGAAAUUUGGGAGAGAGAACUUGGAUGAAAAAUUGCCAGAAGAUUUUUAACAGAUUUCAAGAUUUAUUUACUAAAGGCUUUAUGCUGUCUAUAAGAUUGUAAAACUAGCAUCUGCUGUUUAUUUCUUGGCAAGGAACAAGUGUCAGUUUGGCAAGGUUUAGAGAUUCUAAUGGGGCUGCAAAUCAGUUGCUGUUGCCAGUGGGAACAGGUGGCUGAAUAUUGACACAAGCAGUCAAGUAAAGGGAACGAUUUUGCCUAGGAUAUUUGUGAAAGAGGAGGAAGAGUUUUUUAGGGAGUACUCUGACAAGAAUGGAAUUAUUAGACCUGUGCAAGUUGUCUCAGCUUUUUGUUGUUUUAAAGACAUGUACAUAAAUUAUCAGGCAGCUACAGAGUAAGUCUACAUUUAGAAAGGUGGAUGAGUUAUGGUAUUUGACAGAUACAGAAUUUAUUAUCUUAUUUUGGGGGCAAGUAGUUAUGCUACAAAGGUAGCCUUGGUGUUCUUAGCUUAUCCUCCAAGCACACUGCGUAUGAAGAAACGUUUCCCUCCUAACAUUGAGCGAUCUCACUGACUCCUACAAGGUCAUGUGUUGUAGGCUUCAGAUUUAUAUUAUUCUGGAUUACUUCUGUAAAAUGUAAAUUAGCAGGAUUAGGUCAGUGGAAGUUUUGGAGUUCAAACAAGAGUGCUCGAACGUGGGUACCUCAGCUAAGAAAGUAAACUCUGUAGGCAGCCAAGAGGAAUAGAUUCGCUCUGCCCUGCACAAAUUCCUGUUUGAAGACAACCUUGUCUCUUCAGGAGCUACCUUACAACCCAGGGGGACCAGUCUCUCACAGUCACGUUUACAUGCCAGAAGCCAGAUUGUGUGGAUUUCCCUCCUCUCCAGUAGCAACUUAUAGUGGAACUACAAAGAAUUUUACAGGAGAUCUAAGUUAAUUGCUCAAGCAAUGUGUCAAUAAAUGGGAUUAUUCCCCUUAGCCCUGUCUACACUACAAAUAAUCCUAUAACUGACAGAGCUUGUCAGCAUCAGAUGCAGUAUUGAAUUGCAAACGCAGACAGGACUUUUUUGGCUGUAGAACAGAUUACUUACACAAUUUCACCAUGGUAUUUAUCUUCAGACCUUUAGGGAAGCCUCUAAUUCAAGCAUUUUUUAAUGUCAGGUGCUUUAAUAGCAGAAACACAUUCUUUUCCAGUACUAAUGCAGAGUUACUGCCUUCAGUAACCUGUGUCAGCUACAGAUCUUUCAGUAUACGCUGAGUUUUUAUUUUCAUGCCUAGAGGGCGUUGUUAAUUAUCAGUUUUACAGUUUAUGCACACUGCACUUUCAUACAGUUUCAUUCCCUCCUCUCCCUAGGUCAGUGUCCGUUCCCACCGGCAGGAAGAGACAAAUUGCAAAGAAAAACAAAAGGGUGCCAAUACCUGUAUUUUUAAUCCCUAAAUAAGUUAGCAAUUCAUACCAAAGGGAUCGAGUAUGGGUUUUUUCAUUAUUCUUGUUUUGAUUAAAUAAUUGAGGAUUAAGCAAAGUCUACUGCAGAGGUUGAUAAUGCUCUGCUUUGAGAAUUUGAACAAAUCUUUGACUUCCUUCUAAAAGCAAAGCUAAAUUAAGUUACUGAAAAAAUAAGUUAUUUUAGCACGUGUCUAUUCUAGUGCACGCUUAUGUAUUGACAGGUAGGCAGAGGUGCGUUACAGCAAGGUAUACUGUUCCAAAACAGGAGUUUAACAACGAUACGGAGAUCUAAAUUGGUUUUAGAGUUUUAAAAAUAUCUCUUUGCCAUUUGGCAUUCAGUACUAUUGUGUGUAUAUAUGUGAUUAAAUGCUUGUAAUGUGAGUAUUUAUUUAUAAUUAUUGAAACUGUGUUAUGUAUAGGAAAAAUAAGAUAGAUAAAUGUAAUUUUAAAUUUGUUUAAGGAGGUAUUGUAUAAUGUCCAUGAGAAUUACAUAUCAAGCAGUGCUUGAAGUUAUCGGUGUACAAGCCAUUAUUUAAAGUACCGAGAUCUGAACUACAGAUCAAAUAUCUGCUGCAUGUCUCUCUGACUAGUAAGACUGUGCCGUUUAUCCAUUCCUCUCGAUAACUGUGCUCACGGGAGCUGUUUACAUUGGUGACUUUGACUCUCCCUGCCUGCAAACCUCCAUCCCCACUCCCAAAACAACUGUUUUUCAUUGCAAGCAAAACUAAUGGCAGAGAAAUGCUGGAUCUCCCCCUGAUAUUAACCUGAUGGAAAACAUUACUCAUAUAGAUGUUUAAUAGUUAAAUUCUCUUGAAGCAUUUCUUCCCCGAGUGUCUGGUUGGGGUUUCCCAUGUGUUGCUCUCAUUGCAAAACAGAUCGACAGAGAAAGAUGGACAGAGUCUUGCCCUGUGGUCUGUGGUUUCACCUUGUUUAGUUGAUACCCCACUACUGCAAAUAGAGCACACAGAUUUCAAUCCCAGUUAACUGGUAGAUUCUUAGACUUCUUUGGUGUUUUAAAAGCAAUUUGAAUCAUUUGGGAGAGAGCAGGCAUUCCACAUGUUGUGCAGAAAAAGCCAUAAAAACAUUAACUGGUACAAGAUUCUUUUUAUCUUUUCCUAGAAAGAAUUUGCAUAUGAAAGACUAUUAAGGCUAUUUUGACUAAUCAAACAUCCGUGUGUUGCAUGAGUGUCUCACUAGUUUUAGUCCCAAAUUAAUUUUUGAGCCCACUUUUUCUGAAGCGAAAUAUAAAGCACAUUUUGAACCACACUUGAGUUGAAUAUUUCAAAAGCAGUAACUAAGGGCCAUCUGGCAAACCUGUGCAGGACCAGGUUCCACAUUUCCUGACAUCAUCUCAGCAAUUUGGUAUAUGGUGGUUUUAUGCUUGAAAACCAGGAUACAAUCUUUGUCUCCCUUGAAAGUCCCAACUUCAGGGAUCCAGCAUUUCAGAGGGUGUUUACUUGCUGCUGAGAAAUAAGCAGGUUUUGGUCUUUAUAGCAGCUAUAUUGCAGUGGGAAGGUCUUGGGGUUGGCCUUGGUGAAAGAAAAGUUAUCCAGGAACAGAUUUAUCUUCUUUUUUGUAGCCUUUCUUAGUGACAGUAACUUAGUGAUAUCGUAGAAUGGUUUUGUUUGGAAGGGACCUUAAAGCCCAUCCAAUUCCAACCUCCUGCCGUGUCCCACUAGAAAAUAUGUCUGGCUUUUUCUUUUUUUUUAACAGUGUUUCUGCUGGUUUCUAAGUUUUCCCUUCAUAUAUACUUGGCGGUUUUAUUAUUGUUAGUAUGGGGAAAAAUUAUCAUGUCAGCUUUCCUAGAUAUCAGUGCAUUAUGCGCUAGAAGGUAGGCAACUGUGUCAAGACUAAGCUUAGGUUGGCAUCCGUUCUAGACUACCGCUAA